GCGGCCGCGGUGGUGGUGCUCUCCGAGCCCCCGCGACCUGACGGAAGGAAGCAGCUCCAGGGGGCCGGGAUGGGCUGCCGGGAGGUUCACGCAGCCACGGUGCUGGCCUUCCUGAGCGGCACGGCGUCGGUGGCCGGGCUGCUGGCGGCGGUGCUGCUGCCCAACUGGCGGCAGAUGCGGCUGUGCUCCUUCAACCGGAACGAGCGGAACCUGACGGUGUUCACGGGGCUGUGGAUCAAGUGUGCGCGCUUCGACGGCAGCCGCGACUGCGUCAUCUACGACCCGCAGUGGUACAGGGCCGUGGACCAGCUGGACCUGCGCGUCCUGCAGUUCGCCCUGCCCCUCAGCAUGGCCACCGCCGCCGCCGCCCUGCUGCUCUGCCUGGUGGGCAUGUGCCACACGGCCUUCGUGUCCAGCGUGCCCGACGUCAAGCUGGCCAGGUGCCUGGUCAACAGCGCGGGCUGUCACCUGGUGGCCGGCCUGCUCUUCCUGCUGGCCUGCGCCAUCUGCCUCACCCCCUCCGUCUGGGUCAUCUUCUACAACAGCUACCUGAACAGGAAGUACGAGCCCAUCUUCAGCUUUGACAUCUCCGUCUUCAUAGCCAUCGCCAGUGCCGGCGGGCUCUUCUUCACCUCGGUGCUGCUCUUCCUCUGGUACUGUGCCUGCAAGAGCCUCCCCUCUCCCUUCUGGCAGCCCCUCUACUCACACCCCCCGGGCAUGCACAGCUACGCCCCCCAGCCCUACUCUGCCCGCUCCCGCCUGUCCCCAAUGGAGAUUGACAUCCCGGUGGUCUCGCACACCUCCUAAGGGACAGCAGGGCUUUGGCAGCCAAGUUGUGCUCGUUCGAGGGGUGACAGCUGCAGCCUGGAUUCUCUCUGCUACCUUGUGCUCAGCCUAACCAUUUGGAAGGUUCUCCAAAGUGCACAGCAGUGGAGACCUGAGUUUAUUAACAACAGCAUCACAGCAUGGUGGGGUUGGAUGGGACCUCUGGAGACCAUUGAGUCCAACCCCCCUGCCAAGGCAGGGUCACCAGAGAAGGUCACACAGGAAUACGUCCAGUUGGGUUUGGAAAGUCUCCAGAGAUGGAGACUCCACCACCUCUCUGGGCAGCCUGCUCCAGGGCUCCAGCACCCUUAAAUUACAGAAGUUCCUCCUUGUGUUUAGAUGGAAUUUCUGACCCUUUUCGUGCCUGUUACCUGUUGUCCUGUCAUUGGGUGCUGCUGAACAAAACCUGGUCCAUUGCUGUUCUCUGUUACUCCCUGACUCACCUUUGCUGUGUUUAAGCUCACCCCAGAGGAGGCUGUUACAGAUGCUGGGGCAGCUGCUCAUUCUGCUCCUUGGACCCCAGCAGGAGCUCUGCUGUUUGAGAAGCUGUCAGGCACUGAUCCCUGGGCAGGAGCUGUGUAGGGGACCUCUGCACCCACGUGUGAUCCAGGUGUGGGCAGUGGAAGUGGGCCCAGGGGGCUGACCAAGCUCCUGCCUCACUUUGGGCUGUGGUGUCUGGGAAGGGCAUUUGGCAGAGCAGGUCUGUAGCACUCCUCUUUGUUCUCUGCACAAAGCCACCUGCUGAGCCACUUCUGUACCAGAGCUGGUGUCAAAUCACCCUUGGACUUGCCAGCAGAAGAAACAAAAGUGAUGUAACUAGUAACGUUCUCCUGGAAGAGCUCUGGUGAAUACCUGGAGCUGGACACUUCUGUGACAUUUGUUUCUAGUCUGGGUUUUAAUAAGUUGGCAAACUCACUACUGCGAUUCCGUGACUGAAGAUCCACUUCUGCUUCAAAAGCCUCCUUAGAAAUUGGACUGGUUUGGUUGGAGACCAUCUUAAAGGUGGAUUCUCAAGCAGGCUUGAGGGUGCCCCUCAGCUGUGCAGAGAGAUGGCACUGCCAGCUGGAUCAGUAAAACUAUGGAGAAUGGUGAAGGCUGGGACAGAUUCUUCUGGAAUGCCACACAGGCUCCACAGCAUCUCUCCAGGGGCUGUAGCCCUUCAGGAGAGGUUUUUAAUUCCAGAGUUAGUUUAUUUUUCAAAUGUACAUAGGAAUAGCAGUGAUCUUGUGGGUUCUUCAGAGCUGGUCUUUAAGGCUAUUUAUGCUUGUUGAGUUGCUGAUUAAGGCUUAACCUGGUCAGUCACCUUCUGCAACACCUUUCAGGUUGAGUUUCACAAUCCUGUUGCUUCCACCUCACAACUGGAGAACAUUUCCCCUCCUUAUUUUCUCUUAAGAUGAGGCUUUGAAUAACUUGUGAGCUUCACCUUUUACCAUAGAAUCACAGACUGGUUUGGCUUGGAAGAGACCUUAACAAUCAUCUGUAGGCAGGGACACCUCCUCCUAGACCAGCUUGCUGAAGGCUCCAUCCAACCUGGCUUGAUGACGGUAGACGAGUUGUCACUUUGGUUCACUCAGAUCAUGGCUUGUACAGAAUCAGGACACUACCAUGACACAGCAGCCAGUUUCUUUCUUCAGAAUUCAGCUUUGCUGUGUAGUCAGUCUGUUUUCACUCCAGCCUCAGACACUUGCUGUUUCAGUUGCCUUUGUCAGCUCAAAGCCAAGGGGCUGCUGGUUCAUGAUGUUAAAGAGUCAUAGAAUUGUUUGGGUUGGAAAAGCUGCCUGAGAUCAUCAAGUUAAGC